CACACACACACACACCUGGAUCUCUCUUGCUAUUUCGUAGUGAUUAGAAGUGUGUCAUUUACAUUCAUCCACGUUCUUGGUUGUGUAGGGGGUAUUCUGGCAUUCUGCAUUCCGCAGCAGGUUUGCCUCCAGGUCACCUUUAUUGUGACUGUAGAAGACCUGAGGGCGGGAGCGCGCAAUCAUCACGGUCUGUGAUAUUUCUCAGGGACGGAGCAGCCCUGAGACUCUCUACUGCAGCGGCGUGCACGGCUUUCCUCUCACGCAAAGCCCUCAAUACUUAGUGUUGUUUUAUCUUUAUCUUUUCCAUUUCUUACCUCUGGUCGAAACGCUCCGCAUGAUUUAAACAUCAUUGUUCCAAUUAUGCAACCCAUACCAACUUUUGCCCUUAUCUUAAAUCAGUUGCUUGCUGCGUAACGCGAAUUGAUUCAUAUUCCGUUUGAACGACGGAUUACCAUCAUGUUAAUUGCUGUUGGAUUUAUACUGGUUCGCCGUGCUGUUGGAUUAAUCAAGAGACGCAGCACGUUCUAAAGUGUUUUUGUGGAGACGGAUCGAUAAUGGUUUUAGUUGGGCUGUAAUACUGCUCGGACUAAAGGUAAAAGUCUUCGUUGGAGUGGAUCCUGAGAGACUGAAUGUCUGGGCAGUAACCGCAGGGAAUAAACGCGAGUGGAAUCAAAAGCGCGCGACUGAUAUGGGUUCUGUUAUUUGUGACAAGAGAUUAGCGGGCCUCCUCCUCCUUCAAGCCUCCUCCCUCCUGCUGUUCAGUUCUGGAGAAAGGCUGUGCCCCUAUAGCUGUCGUUGCGAGGGAAAGAUUGUCCAUUGUGAGUCAGCUAGCUUCAAGGAUGUCCCUGAAAAUAUUUCAGUUAGUUGUCAAGGUCUGUCUCUACGCUACAAUGACCUGCACACAAUGCUCCCUUACCAAUUUGCCCAUCUUAACCAGUUACUGUGGCUGUAUCUGGACCACAAUCAAAUCAUGUUUGUGGAUAGUCGUGCUUUUCAAGGAGUGCGACGACUGAAGGAGUUGAUCUUGAGCUCCAAUAGGAUUUCACAGCUCCAUAAUGUCACUUUCCACGGAGUACCUAACCUACGCAAUCUAGAUCUCUCCUACAACAGGUUGCAGGAACUGCAGCCAGGUCAGUUUUUUGGUCUUCGAAAACUGCAGAAUCUGCACUUGCGCUCCAACGGGCUGAUGACAAUCCCUGUCCGAGCAUUUCUAGAGUGCAGAAGCUUGGAGUUUCUAGACUUGGGUUAUAAUCGGCUUCGGGUUCUGACUCGUACUGCAUUCCUGGGUUUGUCUCGACUUAUGGAACUCCACCUGGAGCAUAAUCAGUUUUCAAGGAUCAAUUUCUUUCUUUUUCCUCGCCUUGCUAACCUCCGUGCCCUGUAUCUACAAUGGAACCAUAUCCGAGCUAUCAACCAAGGCCUUCCAUGGAGCUGGUAUACCUUGCAAAAGCUUGAUAUUUCUGGCAAUGAGAUUCAAGUUCUAGAUCCUGUAGUAUUUCAAUGCCUUCCCAAUCUUCAGGUUCUCAACUUAGAGUCUAACAAACUGGCCAAUGUGUCUCAGGAGGUUGUGGCUGCCUGGAUCUCCCUAACAGCCAUUAGCCUUGCAGGCAACAUGUGGGAUUGUGGACCAGGCAUCUGUCCUCUUGUUGUCUGGCUCAAGAAUUUUGGAGGCACCAAGGACACUAGUAUAAUCUGCAGCAGUCCUAAGCACCUUCAAGGGGAGAAGGUCAUGGAGGCUUCAAAGAACAACAUUGACUGUGAUGAUUAUGAAAUUACUGCUCAAUCACCUUUGUAUCUGCAGACCUUUGAUCCAAAUUUUGAUCUUACUCCUGAACCAACUGAACUAACAAUGGCUCCUACAACACCGCCUCCACCCCUCCCUUCACCUGCCUCUGAGGCGUCAUUUCCACCUCCUCAUCCUCGACCGCCUCAACAUCCAACCUUCUCCAGCCAUGAAAACCCAGAUCCCAUGGACUCCAGUCAAUGGACACCCUCAUCGUCUGACAGCUUAGUAGUGACACCAGCUCCUGAGCAAGACAUUGUGUCAUUUCACAAAGUGGUGAUGGGUGGGGUGGCACUGUUCUUCUCAGUGUCCCUUGUCUUGUCAGUAAUAUAUGUCUCCUGGAAACGUUACCCUGGUGCCACCCGACUGCUGCAGGAGAGUUCAGUUGGCCGAAAGCGGAGGAAAAAGAGUCAGGAGCCAGAACAGAACCUGAGCUCCCAGCUCCAGGAAUAUUACAUGAGCUACAAUCCUGCAGCCACGCCAGAAGCCUUGGAGGUGCUGGGUAAUGGGACAGGUACCUGCACCUGCACCAUAUCUGGCUCCCGGGAAUGUGAGAAUGAAUACACAUGUCCCAGACCGUUACCUGGAGCUUGGAUCGGAGACAUACCCACCAUACACUGAAGGGACAGUUUUGUUCCGGCGGAGGAUUUGUGCCUACCUGCAUUUCAUCAGUCGCAUCAAGCUUGGUUCUCAUGAUUCCACUCAUGCUUUCAGUGCUUCUUUAGUGGAUUGUGGUCAGCCGGACACAGCUAACGGACAUCUGAGAGACAGUGGGAGCAGAUGCCUCAGACACAUAUUUUAUUAAAACACAUUUGGAUGCCUCACUUAAUACUUUAAUGCACCGGGACACAUGCGUCAGGUUUAUCUUGGAAGCCUUCAGUGAAACAUACCAAUGAAAGUUAUCCAGCCUUUGAUGAAACACCCAGCGUCAUUUGACGUUUGUGUGGACCUAUACAUAAACUAUAAACUUUGUUAAUAUACCCUUGAAUUUAAAACUGUACUUGCCCUUUCCUUUGUUAUUUAAUGUAAAUCCUUGGGAAAAAUUGUGUAUCAGAAUAACUAAAUAAAACAACUGAGUUAAAACCUUUAUCUUUGCUGCCUAAUACUGGAUUUGUAAUGCUUUGUUUAUGCAAACUUCCCUGUACAGUUUUAUUUGAAGAGAUCCUCGAGUUGACAUGCCCUUCACAACAGUAAUAAACGUCCUUGUUAUUCGGAGUAAUUUAAACACGACCUGCGAUCUCAUUGACUAUGCCAGCACUGUCUCAAUGUUUGAAAUGUUUGAACGUACACAUGUAGUCUCAUUUAAUAGAAAAGUGUGUAAGCAAAUGUCAAGAUCUGAAUAUAGAGAAUGCGUUUUAAGUCCUAGUUUAAAGGCGAAGUGUCUUUUUUUCAAUGUUGAAAUCAUCUCACAUCCUUUCCAUUUGGUGCCGCUGGUGGCACAGGAAUUAUUCACGUUUGUUGUAUGUUUUGUGGCGAAGUGUGUGUGUUAGUGUUAUUGGGUAUUGAUAUGUUCAGGUUCCACCUGCCCCUCAGUCUUCAAAUAUUGCAACUUGAAAGGGUCAUUUAUUUAUAUGCUCCCACAUUUUAAUUUAAUAAUUACAUUUUGUAACAAAACUGUAUGAAUUGAACGCCACUGAGUUCUGGUUUAUAAUGAGAAUGUGGUAAAAAUCAGUGGUGAGGAAUAUACAUUUGUCAAAUGGAAAUUAGCAUCGAUCAACUUGCUCAUUUUUUAUGCAUUUAUUAUUAAUACUUUAUUUAACAAUAUGGAUUUUCUUGCGAAAGCAAAAUAAAAAAAAUAAUAAUACUGAGAAGU